ACACAAACACAAAACCAGCAUAUGAACACACAUACCCAGUCUCUCUCCACACCACAUCUCGCAUUUACACACAUACAAAACUCACCCUUCUUACCCACGGAGCACAUACCAACCGACCCAGCACAUACCCAAGCUAUCACACAUCCACACUACCCACUCAUCACAUACAUCCACACUUACCCCUACCCACAUACCUAACCAUUACGCGUACAAUACCCCCACCACAUACACACACACUUUACCAGUUACACACGCACAUACCCCUCACGCAUCAAACGCACACACACACACAGUCAUCUAUCACAUACGCCCACACACAUACCACCCCCCACCGCCCACCUUUCACAUACGCACGCACACACAUACUCCCACAUCCCCCCACAACACACAUCCCCCGCGCACAAGCCGCCCUCCCCUACCGCCGUCAUGUGAUGAUGUGGAGUGGCUGAAACGCGGGUGGAUGGAAGCGACAUCUGAACGGCAGCAACCUCGAUAGAGAGGGGAGUUCUCUGACGACACAACAACAACACCAGCAGCAGUAGCAUCAGCAGCAGUAGCACCAGCAGCAGUAGCAGCAUCAACAACAGCAUCAACUGCAGCAGCAGCACGCGACCCAUCGCGGGAGAGAGUAGCAAAACGUGGGGCCAAUCGCCGGGGGCUGCACAACGAGGCCGGGGAGCGUGGGCCCCCCACCCCAGCUCCGCGCUCCCCCUCCUCCCCUCCCGGCGAGGAUACGGACACGCGGGCGGCACGUGGAGACCGGUCAGAGGAGAGAAUUUGUGAGGCUCAACUCCUUGAGUGAAAGAAGAGAGGAGGAGUAGCCAGAGGGGGUGGCCCACAGACAGGGCCGAUGUGAGUGGAGGUACAGGCAGGAUAAGAAGAGGUGGGGGGGGGGGGUGCCCAAGGACCGUUUGGCACGAGGAGGGGAGUUGAGGUGACGGGCUGGGGAGGAGAUGAGAGCACGAGAUCAGUGGUCGGGGUGAGAGGAGAGAGAAGAGAGAUUCCUUGGCGCCACCACGUGAAAGAGGGAGAGAAGUUAAGGGAGCAAGAUCCACGGUGGGAGAAGUGGGGAGAAUACCGGAGAGAGGAGGGGAGAGAGAGAAGAGGACCCCAAGUCCCGGGACCUGGGCCUGCGGCGAGUCCCCGUGGUCCCAGGGUCCCCGGGAUGGUGGAGGUGAUCCCGGCUGAGGCCCCACACAUGCAGUCGGACGAGGUGCGCGGAGCGAGCGAACAAGGCCUGGGCUCGGAGGGCGACAGCGACACGAGCAGCAACAGCAGCAGCAGCCCGCGCUCCACAUGCAGUGGCAGCAGCAGCAGCGGCGGCGACAGCCCACAAUGCAGCGGUGGGACACCUCAGCUGCAGCUGCAACAUGAGGCACGGGGUGGCACGGGGCACCACCACCAGCAGCAGCAGGUGUGCACCCUUGAGCUCCCGGACCUCGUGGGUGACUUCAGACCCACGCUGGAAGAGAUCGAGGAGUUCCUGCAGGAGCACAUGCAGGUGCUCAAGAACGGCACGGACAGCUCGGCCACAGUCAAGGUUGAGGCCACGACAGAGACCAACAAGCACGGCGGUAGCAGCAGCUGUAACGGCGGCGGUGGCGGCGGUGGUGGCGGUAGUGGAGGAGGCACGAGCAGCAUCGGCGGCAUCAACUGCUCCGGCAGCCCUGGCGGCGCGAGCACGAUCCGUCCGACGUCCACGUUACCACUCGUUGUGCAGCCCGUGGCAACGCCAGCGGCGGAACAGUCGGCCGAGGCAGCUGGGCAGUCGCCUCCGCCGAUCCCGGCGGGCGGCGUGAAGCUCGCUCAGUUGCUCAUCAACAUCCAGGGCCAGACAUUCGCGCUGGUGCCGCAAGGCCCCGCGUCGUCGUGCCGGCCCUACGUGCGCAUCGCUCCCGUGCCUAUCGCGGCCAAGCCCGGCGCGGCGCUGCAGGGGCCCGGUGGCCUCAUGGUGAGCGGCGUGCCGGUGACGGGCCAGCGGCUGACGGUGCGAGGAGGCCCACACGGGGCGGCGGUUGCAGUGGCGGCGGCCCACGAAGUGCUGAAGAUGCACAAGUGUGAGCAUCCGGGAUGCAACAAGAUGUACACCAAGAGCAGCCACCUAAAGGCGCACCUGCGGCGCCACACGGGAGAGAAGCCCUUUGCCUGCACCUGGCCAGGAUGCGGAUGGAGGUUCUCACGCUCGGACGAGCUGUCGCGCCACCGCCGCUCGCACUCGGGCGUGAAGCCCUACGCCUGCCCCGUGUGCGGAAAGAAGUUUGCGCGCAGCGACCACCUGUCCAAGCACGUCAAGGUGCACCGCUUCCCACGCUCCAGCCGCUCCGUGCGCUCCGUCAGCUGACUGACGCGCCCCCCUCUGCAGGUUCUGCCCUCCCCUCCCGCGGGUGCUACACCCCACCCCUCCACGGGCCCCCGCCCCCCAAAGGGUGCCUUGUCUCCCAAAGGGUGCCUUGCCCCCCAAAGGGUGCCUUGCCUCCCAAAGGGUGCUGCCCUCCCAGUCCCUGACGCACGACCCCCACCACCCCUCACCCCUGGUUUUCUUCGAAGGCUACUGGCCCCUUGUCUACCCUACCAAGUGACGCCGAAUGCAACCGGGUCUGGCUCUCCACUCAGCUACCCUCACAUGAGGAUGUAAAGUGUCUGACGGUGCUGUACAGAAGUGGCGCUGAAGCACGUGUGUGACGGCGGUGAUGACAACUGAGAUUGGGGUGGAAAAGGGUUGGACCCCCUAAGGGAAGAGGGGACCAGGUGGAGCGCAUCGGAUGGUGGACGCUGCAAGGAGGAGGACUACCUUCGGAUUUCUUCUUUAAAGAGCUGGAUAUGCAGGCAUGUGAAUAAUGAUGAACCCAGGCCCGAUAGCACUUGUUGUUUGUAUAAGUACAAAGCGAUUUGUACACUUGUGUGUGUGUAUAUAUAUGGCCUAUGCGUGUGUGGGGCACGUGCCCACGUCUGCGCAUUGCGCCCGCUGCCUCGCAAGGCCUGAAGGGCGGCACACGGAUGAUGGGGCAAACCUUCUUCGUAUCGGGCAAAGCGUCUUGCAGUGAGCGCCGCCAUGCGUGGAUCCAUCGGUGGGAUCACUCCGGAACGCGGCGACAAAACCGCGCUGUGACGUGCGACGCCACCGCGUGUGAGCGGAUACCGCCCAGGACAUCAUUUCUCAAUUGAAUAUUUUCCAGUGUUUCUGGUAGAAUGAAUGGAGUAGCUGGCACGUGACUCGUAGCCACAUGCAUAUGGAGAGUUCCACUGGGUGUGGUGCGGUGUGGCAGGGGUUACUGAUUUUUCCUCUGGGUUGGCGACGUCCUGGACACUGGCCUCCCAUAACCCAACCUGUCCUGCAACGCUGACCCGGUCGGCAACAAACUCUUUUAUCACACGAGCGACUGAGUGAAUUUUAUUAAAAUUUAUGAAGCGAUGAUGUCAGGCGGUGGUUCCAUCUCCACACCGUCGGUUUUUUCUACUGCCGAGCGAGAACCUUUUCCCCCGCCCUGGUUGCGGCCGCCGGAACCGUGCGCGAGAAGAUGGGAGCGACUCGCUGAAUCAAGGUCUCUGUCCGUCACGCCACCUGGACUCUCGUCCCUUAGGCCUCUGGAGGGUGCGGGGGCGGGGGGGAGACACAACAUCCAAGGGGCCACGAGCGGCCAGGUUGGGGGCCGCAGGUGCCGAGGGAGGGUGAAGGGUCAGGGCUCGCCCCCGACUGCGAUGCUGGCCUUGGCUCGGAGAGGAACGUGUCGUUUCGUGGUUUGCGUCACGCCACGUGGCUCGCCGUGCCGUGAACGUUCGCCGUCAUCUCGCCGGAGGGAAAUAGCUGUUGAUGCUGUCGCCGGCGCUCGGAAAUUCACCGAUAUUUUUUGCCGCUCACGUCGCUGACUCUAAACCCGAACGGUAACUGCCUUUUCCCAGACAAGAGGACAGGUAUGGGAUUUUUUUGGAUCGUAGCCCUACCUCAAUUGCCAGUCCUAAAUUCUCUUGCCUCCAAUGGUAAUUGGCAGCUGGCCAACAAGUGCCCACGUGUUGCCUAAAACGGUUCAUGAGUGAAGUCUGGCAGCCGCGCUGUCUGGCAGGAGUGGCAGCAUGCUGUGGGUGUCCCAUCCAUAGCGUGCGUGCGCGUGUGUUCAUCGGCGUGCGCGCGUGUUAGUCUGUUAUAGUGUGUUGGCGUGCGUUCUUGUGUUCGGCACGCGGGUGCUUGUGUGCCCGCCUGUUGCGCGUUCGCACACACAGAGUGAAUACCUCAGCCGGACAUUGCGUCGGAACGCUCGUCUACGCCACCCGCGUGGACUUCGCCCCAGGCGGGGUUCCUGUGUUUGCUCAGGGUCACAGCCAGCGGCCAGUCACCUCGUUAGCCAACCACGCACGCAUGCGUACGUGUGUGCGUGAGAUGUGUGUGCGAGGGCACUCACAAAUACACACACGCGUGUGCGUGUUUGCGUGUGAGUGGAUCUGCGUGCGUGUCUGUGUGUGUACGUGUCUGUUUACAUGCGUUCAUGUGCGUCGGGGUCAAGAGGUCAUCACGGGUAAGGCCGCUAAAAAAUCAAAGUCACAGUGCGUCCCUAUAAAGGCACAAACAGAUAAAGGUGAGAGGUCGACGAGAGUGGAAGUUUCUCUUUCCAUGGAGCGCUGCGCACGCAAACCGUGUCACCGCAGCACAGCGAGGCCACCACACUCAAGCGCCGUGCGGUAUAAAUGGUAGCCGGCGCUCGGAUGUUAGAAAAUUCCGCAUUGCGAUAGUUCGCACACUGCACUCGCAAUCCAGAGGUCACCCAGUUGAGUUCUGUCUGCCUGGCUUGGCAGUCAAAUUAAUGGGCCAAGUUUCUUAUAUCCCGCCCCACGACUCCCUCUGUCCACCCAGCAGCAUCAAUAAUUUUCACCACAGUUGGUCUAUUGGCAGGUUGCGUGUGGUGGGGGUGAGGUUUUGGUACGCGCAUAUAUUCCAAAACGUCUGGCCAGCAUGCAAGAGUUGGGACCAAAUAACUCCCUUGGAGUGGAGGCCCUUCUGCCUGCAGUGGCAUGAGCAAGUCAUUGAAGGGCUGCGCCUAUCUGUCCUUUAAAAAAGAGGCUUUUGGUCGUAGCGAACUCUCGCAUAGUUUUAAGUGAAGAAUGUGGAAUGGAUGGAUGAGCAAUCAUUAUUUUUUAGUUGCCCAAGUCCAUUGAUAGUCUUAAAAUCGGUGGUGAAAAAAAAAUCCACAUUCCUAUAGAGGGAACCAGUCGCCCCGUAGAGAACCAUUGUUGACCUACAAUAAAGUGGUACUCAAUUUACCAUCCCCCAGAGAUGAUGGGCCGAGUUUUACAACUGACAAGUCAUUUAAUUUACAACUUUAAGACUUGUGGGUGACAGCACUAACAAGCCACCACAAUCUGUGUCAGAUGAAAAUAAUAAUAAAACCGGUAAACCUGUUAAGUUUUUGUAGAAUGGGGGUAACAGUCCGCUUGUAAUGUUUCAGAUUGUGUUGCGUAAAUUUGUAUUGGUACUCGGCAAAGAAAUAUUUCAAAAUUUAGCAGCAGGACUCUCAAAGUACAGUCUUUUUUUUCAACAUUUGUGUUCAAAUGUUGCUUUCAGCAUCCUGAGGUGAGAUGCAGGAAUUUUCAUUCUGUACUUACGUAGAGAGCGGUGCACCACGCUGUCAAAUAAUAAUAAUAUCCCCAUAACACGAAGUUUCAUUACGGCUUUUGAAGUCCAUUCGUUAUGCCUCUUCUUCAUCCCGGUCGGCAGUGUGGUUAUCUGGCUACCGGAGUUCGAUUCCUGCCCACGGCUAGCGAUAUCUGAACAGGUCCUUGGGUUCCCACCUUUUUCCCAUCCCACCCUAACAGCAUGGUGAGAUAUGUCCAAGCAACCCCCAGUGGCUGAUACCACGUGAGCAGUGGAUCGACAAACAGCUGAACAUUAAGCAUAUUUUGAACUUCCUACAAAGAGUGCCGCGCGGCAAGACGUUAAGACUCUGAAGUUCUCCAUGCAGCAAUAUCUGUCGAUCGCUAUAAUUAUUAUUAGCUUGGAACAUUCGAGCUAUGUCUGUUGGGCACCGAUUGUGAUAUUUCCGGAGUGUCUAGGGGGAAUAAGAUCCGUGGUGACCUCGGCCUGACCUCAGCGUGACCUUGAGACUUGGGGCAUUUCUGCUGAACUCUGAAAAACCCUUUGAAUGUGACGUAUUAUCGCUCGCUCGCGAUCUCUCUCUCUCUCGAUGACUGUGUGAACCGAACACAAACGGUAAACAACUCCUAUCAGAACUGUACGUGCUUGGGCUUUGCGUUCCGGGCUCUGUGAAUCAGAAGAUGUUUAGAUUGCCCACAGGAGUGCUUUCACGAUGUCACUUGUGAAAUUUUACGACAAAGUGUUGGAGUUGUCCCUCAGUGCUGGUCACUUGGUGACGGGCAUCAGAGGGCAGCAGUGUGUAGAAAAAUCCAUUGUUGUACUUGACUCCUCUGUCAUUAUGCUCCCCCGCGCCUGCACUCACCCGCACUGACCAGCACGGUGAACUUUGGUCAAAUAACCCACAGGACCCGCACGGCAUGGAGAGGCCCCUAUCCAGCAGUGGAUUCACAAGGGCUGUACAUGUACUUCAAGUUCAAGUUCAUUUAUUAGGUAUAGCCCUGUGAGCCAUUCAGCUCUUGAAUCGGGUGCAACCGCAACAAACAAAAAACAAAAACAUGAACAAAAAAACAUCUUAAAGUGAAUAUGUGACUAAGUGCAAACAGAAAAUCCAAGAAAAGACAGCAAAAAUAUUGCAGAAAAAACACCGUACACCAACGCUGUGUGCAAAAAUCCCAGUGGGAUGCAAGUCAAACAACAACAACAACCACAAGACAACUUAGAUUAAGGCCAUCAGUCUAACUCUGUACUACAACAACACAAACAUGGCUAAACCAAUACACUUUUCGAAAUCACCAAAAUAAAGCCAUGAAGGCAAUGAAAAAGCAAUCAUAGGAACUGACGGAAUUUUCACAAUAAAUGGCAUAAACAACAUGUACUACCAAAACCCUGCAGCCAUAGCUGGCUGCAUGAGUCACUCCACAACAGCAGGAGCAUCAAUCGGAGUAUUGUAAUUUUUCAAUGCACCUUUAAGAUCAGCACACUAAAUCAGUGUCAACAUGCCACUGUCGUUUUGGCGCUCCUGACUGUAAAUUUAAAGUAUAUUUUUCCUCCCGAACGAAGCUUCAAACACGUGCGGUACAGCCCCGGGGCGGACACACAGUACCUACAAGAUGAGAGCUGUGUUUGUUUCCAAGCCGUGUUGUCUUCGUUUAACCAGUCGGUGCUCGGGCCGGAUUCCACAGACCUCUCGUGCCACCCCGUGCCAGCCGGUUGGCCCCUCGGCCUCAUCUUCAACCGCAUUGUUGCCUUUCGUGGGAACACACGGCUCGCGCAUACUUGGCACUGGAACAAAAAUAUGAAGCGACUCGAAAAAAAAACUCGUGCUCUUCAAACAACAACACACAAAAAAAACACGCAACAAACAGCUCGUGGGUUUAUGGACGCCGACAAGCAAUCUUGAGCCAAGGGCGGAUGAAACCCAAAGAUGCGCACGCACUCGCGAAACGGAACGGAACGGAACCGGGCGCCAGCAUUCCGAUGAGCCGGAGUCCAGUUCCGAAACGACUAACUCGGCGCAUUGAGCCCCUGUGCCGGCCGCCGUGUCUUCUUCUCAGAGUGCAUGAUGUUUCUCAGAUGUUUUUUUGGGUUUUGUUCCAGCGCUGUGCCGAGUCUCGCCGUGUCCCCUGUGCCUCUCUCGGUGUCAGUGGGUGGUAGUGGUGGAAUUGGUCGAUCUGCUGUCUCGGGUUUUUUUGUGAAUUUUGAGAACUAAACGUCCCCCCCGUUGUCACGACCGUGUGUCGGUCGGCAUGCGCAAUGGGCGUUGGGAGUGAUGACGAUGGCGGUGGUGAGGAGGGGAACGCGUUGGCAAUGUACAGGAGAAGCAAUUGAAACGGUGUCUGACAUUUAACGAACAGGAUUGUGUAUGACAUCGGUCAAUUUGAAGACAUCAACCCCUUUCAUUAUGGGCUGGUUUGCCCAGAACCAGCCCAAGCUAUCAGCCUAGCCCUGCUCUUGAGCCCAGCUUUCGUGUUAACUGUGACACUAGCCCCAACACGUGCAUAUUCUAUCAGGACGUGUUCGUGUCUGUGAGAUGUUUUUUUCGUUCAGGGUGUAAUAUUUUAAUGACGGCGAGAACUGUAAAUUCCGCGACCUCAAUUCCUGGAACCAAUAUCCAGACCAGUGUGUGAUGUGCACGUGAUGUGCGAGAUGUGUGUGUGUGUGAUGCGUGUAAUGUGUGUGAUGUAUGUUGUGUUCGAGUGUGAUGUGUGUGAGUAUGAUGCGUGGUGUGAUGUGUGAUUUGUGUCUUGAGUCAGAUGUCUUCUGUCACCCAGCCCUGGUGGCGGUUGAUGAGGCCCCUCGGGGUAGAGUCAUCCUGCUGGGUGAAUUUAACGUCCAAGGGGGGCCAUGACACAGACACCUGGACCGAAGUGAUUGGAAGGCAUGGAUGGGCCAGACUUCUAUGCAGCCAAUGGCCUUAUAAUCACCAACACGCUGUUCUGACAUCGGCGCAUCCACACAACAAAAUGGAUGCAUGCCGGAUCCAAGCAAGAACAUCUGCUGGACUACAUAGUGAUGGAACAGCAAAUGUGGGCCGAUGUCCUUGAUACCAGGACCUACCAUGGAGCUGAUCUGCCCACUGACCAUUGGUUUGCCAUCUUUAAGAUGUGCCAGCCAUUCUUCCACUUGAGUGGUGUGCAUUCCACCUCGGACCCCAUUCAAACUCACCAGCAGCAUAGUCAUAGUCGUGGUCAGUCGAUGAAAACGGCGAGCGAGAAUUUUAUCAUUGCUUGCAGCUGGGCUUGGGAUAAACCCCCCCCCCCCCCUUGCUAAUGACGAGCUGCAGUUAUAGCUCUUGUUGUGUUUGCGUGUGUAUGACGUUGAUAUGAAAUGUGUGAUUGAAUGUGGUGUAAUAUGUAUAUAUGUAUGGUGUGUGUACGUGCGAUUUGCAUGAUGUGUGUGGAGCGGCGGCGCAGUGGUUAGCGCACUACACUGCGAACCUGGCAGCCUGAGUUUCAAACCCGGCCAUGGCUAACAUCAGUGGUGGGUGAUAUCUAAACCGGCCCUGGGCUUCCCCUAGGUCAACUCAGUCUGAAAUGAGUACUUAGUAUGGUGUGUAAACGUCAGCACUGGGGAGACAAAGGUGGCCGGGCGUGUUGCUCACCACACCAACCCAAUCUUGCACGACGCAAGCUUUAACAGGUGCUCACCAACAGCACUUGACCCCCCACAAUCUGUGGCUAUACCAGGAAUGUUGAGUAUGAUGUGUGGGAGAGUGAUGUAUGUGUCAUCUGUUGUGCAGAUGUCGUAUGGUAUGUCUGUACGGUUUGUGCGUUGUGUCUGUACGUGGCAUGUGUGGUGUACGUGGUAUUUUGUGUAAACGUGGUGUGUAUGUGCGAUGUGUUAUUGUAGGGGGAUGCAAGGGGUGCGUGUGCUGCAAGGUGAAGAAUGGAGUGAGGUGUGUAUAUAUAUGCGGUGUAUAUGAUGUGGAGUGUGUAUAUGAGAUUAAAUGGUGUAUGAUGUGUAUAUAAAGUGUGUGUGUAUGUAAAGUAUGGUGUUCCCAUUAAACAUGAUGUUGGCGUUUAGUUGAAAUCGUUGGCCUGUCGCUGGUUGGCCCAACGUGCCACGUUUACUGGGCGUUGGCGCGUGCAUGUUAUGCAUUGGAAUCUGUGAAAUCCAUCGCUCGCUCUGCACUUAAAACAGCAACACCUUGACUUACGCACACACUCCACUCUCGUCCCUCUGUGCACCUCCGCCGAGAGUGAAUGGAAACUUGGGUCAACCACUCGCAACCACAAUUCGGCAGCAGCAGCAGCACCGCUCUCACACGGUGUCACGACUUCACGACUCGCACCCUCAGUGCCACGUCGCAACCAAGCGAACCCCUGACAUCCCCCCACACAUCCCCCCGCCCUUGUCAAAUCCACUGCUGGAUGAGGGCCUCCCCACCCAUUGUGGGUUGUUGGGGGGGGGGGGUAAUGGUUAUUUGACAAUAUUUCACAAUUUGUGGGAGCGGUGGCGCAGUGCUUUACACACUGCGCUUAGAAUUUGGCGACUCGAGUUUCGAUUCCCGCUUACGACCAACAUCAGUGACGAAUAUUUGAGCAGGUCCUGGGUCUUCCCCCCUAGGUCGAAUCUUACCCUAAAUGAGUAUUUAGUGCGGUGUUAAAGAUCAUCAGCACUGGGUAGAGAACGGCGACCGGGCGUGGUGUUAGCCACCCACCCCGUCGUGUGCCGUGCCGGCCGUCAUAGGUUUUCGCUUAUCAGCACUUGCCCCAAAAGUUUGUGAAAUGCUAUACGGGGGGGGGGUCUAUGACUUUGGUUGUUUGACCAUGCUAAACAGGCGUGUGAAUUGUAGCAAGGUUGCAGCCAGUGAAAGUCCGUGAAGUCAAGUUCGUCAAGACUCCCAGUGAACAUGGGGGACGUUGCACCAACGUUGGCGUGUUUUCUGGGCGUGCAUACUAUUAAUGAUUUCGUAUUUUGUUUAAUUAUCCCCUUAACUCUAAAGCACUUAUUCCUUGCCCAGCACUUAACGGUGAAGCCCUUUGAGUGAAUGUAGUCGCCGCGACCUCGAGUUGGUGGACAAUUUUUACGGCUCUUUCUCGAAACUUUUUGACCUCCCCUCCCCCGUCCCACACACACACUAUGUACUGCUGUAAACUGUCCCGUGUGGUUCAUGUGUGUAACUCGCAUACCGACACAAGAUGUAUACCCGUGACCACACGCCGUGCGAGCCCCGGUCGUGUGGCACCACGACUCGAAUGUACUAGACUUACAUAGAUACGCGUGCAGUGCACAUACACCUUGUGUUAUCCCCCACGUGGCAGUCCUGACACCACGUGGCAGAGUUAACCCAACGUGGCAGAGUUAACCCAACGUAGCAGGGUUAUAAACCCACGUGGCAGGGUUAUAAACCCACGUGGCAGGGUUGACACCACGUGGCAGGGUUGACACCACGUGGUAGCGUUAUAAACCCACGUGGCAGAGUUAACCCAACGUGGCAGCGUUAUAAACCCACGUGGCAGGGUUGACACCACGUGGCAGCGUUAUACACCCACGUGGCAGGGUUAUACACCCACGUGGUAGCGUUAUAAACCCACGUGGCAGACUUAACCCAACGUGACAGCAUUAUAAACCCACGUGGCAGGGUUGACACCACGUGGCAGCGUUAUACACCCACGUGGCAGGCUUGACACCACGUGGCAGGGUUGACUUCACAUGAUAAAGUUAGCUCAAUCUGGUAAAGGUCAGCGUCAUUUCUUGUCCCCAUCAUUAAUCAUCUCAGGUUUCCCAACCCUCCCGCAUCCUAGCGGAAUGACAAAUUGGUAAUAAUACGAAUGAGUAACAUUACUACAUUAAUAAAAAGUCAUAGUAAUACUGUAUUAGUGGUAUAAUUACAAAUCUAUAUUUUUGUGUGUGGGGUGAGUGCUGGUGUGCAUCACCUGUGUUGUGGCCACGUGCGCUAGGUGUGCGAGAUCAUCGGCAUCAUCUCAAUAAACACGUGUACAAAGAAACGGAUACACGAGGCAGCUGA